UGGAAGACCUCCCCUCUCUCUCUCCCCAUUUCUACUGCGGAGGCUUUGGAGGCAAUAACCUGGGCAAGGCGGGCGCACAAGCUGCAGCAGCGCACAGAGAAAGGCAAGGAGCAGGAUCCCGGGGAGGAAGGAAGGAAGGAAGGAAGGAAGGAAGGAAGGAAGGAAUACUUCAUCCCGCUCCGUCCACCCCUCCACAUGCGCCUCCGCAUGUCACGCACGCAAGGGCAGCGCUGGUUUGAGGCGUGCACGCAAUAUUUCACUUAGCCGCAGAUGCGUUUUACAACUAACGGUCUGCACACGGAGGUGACCACAUAGAGAGGGUUUUGUCAAGAGUGUGCCACUUUUUGUUUCGUUUUAUAGAUCAGUCCAAAACAAAACAAAACAACAAAAAACCAAAAACCUGGAAUACUCUCUCGCCGCUCCCCAGAGUCCCCAAAUCAGAACAUGAAGCCUCAGCUGCACGUCGUUGACCUGAUGCUGCUCUGCUUGUCCGUCGGAGCAAGUGCGCCGGCGGCGGGCACGCCCGGCACGCCCGGCACGCCCGGCGCGCCGCUGCCGGCCACCAAUCUGACGGCGCGCGGCCACGGCGGAGCCCCCGCGAGCGUCUCGCAGAGCAGGAGGAAGCGCUUCAUCACGCAGAACGACAUGCUGGCCAUCCUCGACUACCACAACAAAGUCAGGGGGAAGGUGUUUCCUCCGGCCUCCAACAUGGAGUACAUGGUGUGGGACGACACCCUGGCCAAGACAGCUGAGGACUGGGCGCACGCCUGCCUGUGGGAGCACGGGCCGCAUCACCUCCUCAGGUUCCUCGGCCAAAACCUCUCCGUCAGGACUGGACGCUAUCGAUCCAUCCUUCAGCUCGUGAAGCCAUGGUAUGAUGAGGUUAAAGACUACGCCUUCCCUUACCCCCGGGACUGUAAUCCGAGAUGCCCGCUGCGGUGCUAUGGACCCAUGUGUACCCAUUACACACAGAUGGUGUGGGCGACAUCAAACAAAGUUGGUUGUGCCAUUCACACAUGCCACAAUAUGAACGUAUGGGGUUCAGUGUGGAAACGGGCAACAUACCUAGUGUGCAACUACUCACCCAAGGGGAACUGGAUCGGAGAGGCACCUUACAAAGUCGGCGUGCCGUGCUCAGCCUGCCCUCCCAGCUACGGAGGCUCAUGUAGCAACAACAUGUGCUUCCCCGCCCUCAACACAAACUACCUACACUGGUUCAAAUAAAGCCCAAGUCCCCCCUACACCACAUCAGCCGACAACACACCACAAGGACUUUUUUCUUUUUUUUUGUAACCCGUAAGGAUUUGCACAACAGUCCUGGACCACGCUAUUUUGUAUAUAUGGGCUUAUUUAAAAACACAAACACACGCUUGAAGGCAGCGGGCGUCUCAGCGUCCAUUACGUGUAAAUAAACUGUAAAUGAUGGGGUUUUGUUUUUGUUUUUUUACAAGAACUUUUUAAUUGCUAUGGUGAUUUGAACCGACGGAAGAGAAUUUAUCUCGUGAGGGGAUCUUUCAUACUUCAUAGACACAUACAUGUGGUGCUACAAAUGGUUUUAUUUUUUACUAUAGUCGCAUCAGUUUGUCAUUGACCACGUGGUAAUGAGACAUUUUUUGGGGGGGGGGGUGUGGUGUAACUGAUGGUGGAUAGCAAAAGUGUAGCUGCUUAUCAUUACUCAGUACGGUGCUAAGGGCAUGACACAUUCUGUGUGUGUUUUGUGUUUACCUCUCUGGUAAUAUGAGCUAAAGAUCACCAUUUUUGACCUCAGCUAGAGGUCAUGAAGCUCUGCGCUACCAUGGUGGCAUAAUAGUGUUGACGAUCAUGGACGUGUGGACUCGCCGGCCCUCGGCUAGCGGGCCGGACCC